AUUAGACGCCUUUACCUGUCCGUCACGUGACCAGAACACCUCCGCGCCCACUUCCGCAGCUGCAGCCUGCCCCCUAAACGCGUCGUUUCCAGUUGUUAUUUUCGGGACAGGAGGCGAGACCGGUCCGGCAGGUUUGUGUGGACUAAACCAGGUGAGGCAGCGGGAGAAGAAGGGCGGGGAGCCGCUGCCUGAGACUGCACAAUCAGGAAGAAGCUGACAACAUGGUGCGGUGACAGAGCGCUCCGGACACCGACUGAGAGCAGGAUUCACCUUUUUAAUACUAUUCUGACGAGGAAACGAAGAUAACUGACCCGCCAAGAUGAGUCGACGACGUGUCGACACCCGGAGCUCCCUGGGGCCUGAUGAUGAGGUCAUGCCAUACAGUGACGAUGAGACGGAUGACGAAUUGGAAGAGGAAAGCUCUGAAGGGGAAGAAGAGGCACCAGAAAGAGCACCGCAACCCCAAGUGGAGACAAGACCCACUGACGUCACCUGGAAAGUGAAAGCCAAUGACCGACCCUAUCACCAGCUGCCAGAGUUUAAGAAAAAAGUCUUUCUGUGUAUAAAGAAGAGCAAAUACUCUGGAAAUGCCAUUAAGACGUACAAGUACAAUUUCUUGACCUUUCUGCCCCUGAAUCUGUAUGAGCAGUUUAGGAGAGUAGCCAAUGUCUACUUCCUGGCUCUGCUCAUCCUACAGAUUAUUCCAGAGAUUUCUACUCUGCCCUGGUAUACUACUCUGAUUCCCCUGGUCAUCGUGCUUGGAAUCACCGCUAUCAAAGAUCUGGUGGACGAUCUGGCACGCCACAGGAUGGACAACGAGAUCAACAACAGGAAGUCUGAGGUUCUACUAAAUGGCAGGUUUCAAGAGGCCAAGUGGAGGGAAAUCCAGGUUGGAGAUGUGGUUCGUCUCAAGAAAAAUGACUUUAUUCCGGCUGACCUCCUGCUGUUGUCCAGCUCCAACCCAAACAGCCUGUGUUAUGUUGAAACAGCUGAACUCGACGGCGAAACCAACCUCAAGUUUAGGAUGGGACUUCGAGUGACUGAUGAAAGACUUCAGGAGGAUCAUCAGCUCGCUGACUUCAAUGCCCUGAUCGAGUGCGAGGAGCCAAACAACCGUCUUGACAAGUUUACGGGGAUGAUGCUGUGGGACAGGGAGCGCUACCCUUUGGAACUGGACAACAUGCUGCUCCGAGGUUGCAAGAUAAGAAACACUGACUGGUGUCAUGGGCUGGUCAUCUUUGCAGGAGGUGAUACCAAAAUCAUGAAAAAUGGUGGCAAGACGAGGUUCAAGAGGACCAAAAUUGAUGAACUGAUGAACUACAUGGUUUACACAAUCUUUGCACUGCUCAUCCUGGUGUCCGCGGGUUUGGCUAUUGGUCACACAUACUGGUAUGAGGCUAUCGGCACCAAGGCCUGGUAUCUGUUCGAUGGCAAAGAUCAGACCCCCGGCUACAGAGGCUUCCUUAGCUUCUGGGGAUACAUCAUCGUUCUCAACACCAUGGUGCCCAUUUCGCUCUAUGUCAGCGUGGAGGUGAUUCGUUUGGGCCAGAGUAAGUUCAUCAACUGGGACCUGCAGAUGUAUUUUGCAGAAAAAGACACCCCAGCUAAGUUAGUGAAGUUUCCCGAUGGCCGUAUUCGUCUCUACUGUAAAGGAGCAGACACUGUCAUUUACGAGCGUCUCUCCCCCAGCUCCAAACAUAAGGAAACCACCCAGACUGCUCUUGAUGUCUUUGCCAACGAGACCUUGCGGACACUGUGCUUGUGUUACAAAGACAUCAGCGCUGAAGAGUUCGAAGCCUGGUCCAGGAGACACAAAGAGGCCCAGGUGACCAUGAAUGACCGCGAAGCUGCCCUGGAUGCUGUGUAUGAGCAGAUCGAGAACAACCUGAUGCUAAUUGGAGCAACGGCUAUUGAGGAUAAACUACAGGAUGGAGUUCCAGAAACCAUUGCCAAGCUGGCUAAAGCAGACAUCAAGAUCUGGGUCCUGACUGGAGAUAAGAAAGAAACUGCAGAGAACAUCGGAUAUUCCUGUUCACUUCUGACAGACGACAUGGAGAUCCACUACGGAGAUGAUGUCAAUGAGAAGCUAACCAGACGUCAGGCCAGCAGAAGGGAUGACCCUCAAGCUUACCGUCGAGGCAAAAAGAAAACGGCUGAGCCUUUCUUUCCCGGAUCAAACAAAAAUGCUCUCAUCAUCACUGGAGGAUGGCUGAAUGAAAUUCUGUAUGAAAAGAAGAAGAAACGCCGUCGUCUGCGUCGUCUGCGUCUAAAGAGGCGUCAACCUCCAAGCAACCCUCAGGACGGACAGCCGAUGGAUGAUUGGGAGAAAGAGAUGAGACAGAUUGACUUUGUGGAUAUGGCUUGUGAAUGCGAGGCGGUCAUCUGCUGCCGUGUAACACCGAAACAAAAGGCUAAUGUGGUGAGUUUGGUGAAGAAGUACAAGAAGGCUGUGACACUGUCCAUCGGAGACGGAGCCAACGACGUCAAUAUGAUCAAAACUGCAGACAUCGGUGUCGGUAUCAGCGGUCAGGAGGGGAUGCAGGCCGUCAUGUCCAGCGACUACGCCUUUGCUCAGUUCCGUUACCUGCAGCGCCUCCUGCUGGUGCACGGGCGUUGGUCUUACAUCCGAAUGUGCAAGUUCCUGCGUUUCUUCUUCUUCAAGAACUUUGCCUUCACUCUGGUCCACUUCUGGUACUCCUUUUUCAACGGAUACUCCUCACAGAUCACCUUUGAAGACUGGUUUAUCACACUCUACAAUCUGGCUUACAGCAGCUUGCCUGUUCUACUUGUUGGACUUCUUGACCAGGAUGUCAACGACAGACUGAGUUUAAAAUUCCCCAAACUCUACAUUCCCGGUCAGCAGGGGACGUUGUUUAACUACAAAAACUUUUUCAUCAGCUUGUUCCACGGCAUCUUCGUCUCACUCAUCAUCUUCUUCAUACCUUAUGGAGCCUUCCUGCAAACCAUGGGGCAAGACGGAGAAGCCCCCUCAGACUAUCAGUCCUUUGCUGUCGUUGCUGCCUCGUCCUUGAUUUUUAUCGUGAAUCUGCAGAUCUCCUUGGAUACCUCCUACUGGACUUUUGUCAACUGCUUUGCAGUUCUGGGCAGCAUAGCCAUCUACUUUGGGGUCAUGUUUGACAUCCACAGUGCUGGGAUCCAUGUCAUCUUCCCCUCAGUUUUCACCUUCACAGGGGUAGCAUCAAAUGCUUUACGUCAGCCGUACCUGUGGUUAACAAUCAUCCUUACUGUGGGCAUCAGCCUUCUGCCUGUCAUCUGCAUCCAGUUUCUCUCUAAAACCAUCUGGCCCUCUGUAGGAGACAAGGUCCAGAGAAACAGAAAGAAAUACGAGAUGGAGCUGAAGGAAGACGACGAUAAGAAAAAGCCAGCGCCCUUCCAGCGAGGCCGGCGUUCCCGGCGAUCUGCAUACGCCUUCUCUCACGCCCAAGGCUACGCUGACCUUAUUGCAUCUGGGCAGAGCUUUCGACGGCGCCCACGGGCACAUGGUGGACCUCAAGAGAGCAUCAGGGAGAUUCCCCGGAGAGAGGCCGAAAACAUCUGAAGGGGCGGGUCUGAGUCUGAGACGGAGCAAAACUGCAGUAGGGGGAGCUGUAAAUAUUUGGGAGUGCAAAGAGCACUUAGUUAUUCUAUUGCAGUUUAAGAACAUUUUCCCUAUAAGGUAUUCUGAGCAUGCCAGAAGGGAAUAAAAGGAAAUGAGCUCUCCUGAAGUUUCUUAAAUGAAACUCUUCUAAAUAGUUUUUCGCUCCUGUCUGUGACCUAGACUCCCCGCCUCCAGAUGCACCUCUAUGCACAAACUUUGUUGAAAUACUAAAGCGAAAAAAGCUCACCGAAAACGACCGUCAUUAUGAGGUCUGAGGUCACGCAGCAUCUGUGUGACUGACAAUGUUAUUUAACUCAGGAUUUUAAAAGAGUUUUAUUUUUAGUCAGUUUAUCCCUGCUAAGUCUUUCUGUACUGUAACACUAAUAUAAUAAUUUUGAUUUUGAGUUUUAGCCUUGUGUCUACAGCACACUUGACAUAUUAGUGUUUUCGUUAAAAGUAUAAGAAUAAUAUUUAAUCUGUACUGCAUUAAGUCAGGCUAAAGCAUCGGUUAGUUUGAUUUCCAUCCGUUGACCUCCAAAGAUUUCCCUUCACAUUAAGCUAGUGGGCUAAAGUUAAACAAGUCAAGAUAUCAUCUUUUUAAUAUUUUAUUCUACAUAAUAGUGGGACGUUACUAUGCUAGGCAAUGCAGGGUGGUCAGAUGUUAUAAAGUGUGUCUUAAUUUAACAGUGAGAUGUGAAUGGUGAUCUUUUCUCCUCUGCAGCAUCAAACCAGGUAUACUUAAGAGUAAUCACUAAAUUAAGGUAGUUCAUGCUUGAAAUCUUUUAAAUACCUCUUUCCAAGUUGGAUCCUUGUUUUGUUCAGUGCCUUACAUAAAAAAAAACAAACCACACUUUCCUCCUCCAACAAUCUUCAGAGCUUACUUCAGAAAUAGAGCAAGGGUUGGUCGGUUUAUCUUCAUUUGAUUAACUUUUACUAGUUUGUACGUUGCUUUCUGUUUUUACAAAUUAUUCCAAGUUAACUUACAUGUUCUUUAGGUUCAAACAGGAGAAUUAUCUUAGUGUGAGUGGGUAUGUGUGUGUGUGUAUGUGUAUGUUUGUUUCAUUUUGUUUACAAUCAACCCAAAGAAAAGGUUUUUUUUCCAGUCCUCUAAUCAGGUUUAGAAUAUUGAGGAGCCAAGACUGAUGAUAGUUCCUGUUCUGACUGUUACUGUAUCUUUUUCAUGCUAGUGUUACUGUCCACAGAUGAUGUCUUUUUAUUCCUGAAUGAAUGGAACAGUCGAUCAGGACUGCUGUUAGGUAAAAGCAGCAGUAUGGUCUUUGAUGUAUGAUGGUGUUUUAUCAUGUGGUUGUUAAUAAAAGCCAAGGGCACACUUA